UUGUUUAAGAUUUUGAGACGUAUUACUUUUUAUAUUCUCCAAUGGCUACUAAAACAAUUCUCUUGUUAGGAUUCCUUGGUCUAGUUUUUUCACUUGCCUUAGCUGAUCAUAGCCCACUUCAAGAUUUUUGUGUCAGAGACGCAACAAGCUCAGUACUGGUGAAUGGUUUUGCCUGCAAAGAUGCAAAGCUAGUCGAAGCCAAAGAUUUCCAUUUCAGUGGGCUACACCUGACGGGUAACACAUCUAAUGCAGUUGGUUCCAGGGUGACUCCAGUGACAGUUGCCCAAUUUCCAGGUCUCAACACUCUUGGCAUUUCGAUGGUCCGCAUUGACAUUGCUCCAUGGGGCAUUAAUCCACCUCACACUCACCCCAGGGCCAGUGAAAUAUUGACUGUUCUGGAAGGUACUGUUGAGGUUGGGUUCAUCACUUCCAAUCCUGAUAACCGUCUCAUAGUGAAAGUUCUUCAGCCUGGCGAUGUGUUCACUUUCCCGGUGGGUCUCGUGCACUUCCAGCGCAACGUUGGAAACUGUAAUGCCGUGGCUAUUGCCGGUCUUAGCAGUCAAAAUCCUGGAACAGUCACUGUUGCUAACGCGGUCUUUGGUUCUAAGCCUGACAUUUCUAGCGAUGUUCUUGGACAGGCUUUCCAGGUUGAGAAGAAUGUGAUUGAGCAAUUACAGGCGAACUUUUAAGUCAACCAUAUAUGCAUUUACUCUGUGUAACCUGUCCAUUUGUCUUAUUUAAAUCGUUCU